AUGGCCUCAAUUACAAUACGGCCCGCAUCGCCGGCGGAUGCUCCCGCCAUCGCCGACGUCCACUACCGCGCCCAAGACAAAUAUCACGGCUUCUACGGGGCGUUUUUCGUGCACAAACCGCACGACAUUAUGAUGCAGAAUACGGCGCGGGCGGUGCAGAAGCCGGAGAAUGUAUACUUGGUUGCUGUGGACGGGGUGUCGGGGAAAGUAGUUGGGUUUGUGCGAUAUGCUGUGCAGGGGGAGAAGAAAGAGGAGAAGGAAGCAGAAGUUGUUGCUGCUGAGAAGGAGGAAGCCGGGCCGUCGCUUUUUAGUGUCAAGGAGCAUGUGAAGGGGUUGUGGGAGGAGUUUGAUAAGAAGCAGGUUGCGAUGGAUGCGUGUUAUGAGAAGGCUGCUGACGGGAAGAAGCAUAUCUAUGUGAAUCACUUGAUGAUAGAUCCUAAUCACCAGCGCAAAGGCAUUGGCGGGAAACUCCUCGCCGCAGUGCUGGAGAGGAGCGAUAAAGAGGGUGUGCCGACGUUUUUGAUGUCGUCUGCGGAGUCUCGCGGGUUGUAUGGCAGGAUGGGGUUCGAGAUUCUGGGGACGUGGAGGGUUGAUAAUGGGGAUUGGGCGCGACGGCUGGUGGAGGUGGAGAAGGGGCUGGGGAUUGCUGGGAAUGAAGGGCUGGAGGAGGAGUUUAGGGGAGUUGGGGAGAUUGAGGAUGUCAUGGUUCGGCGGGUGAGGGAGUGA